GUGAUUGACAGGCUCUAGACAAAUAGAGGCAGAGAGUGAGGACGGUGUCUCGCUUGUGAUUGGUCGGUGGGCGUGGCCAACAUGAAUGGCGACUCGCAUUGUUCGACGUCUUCUUAGAACGGAGAGGAACUUUUCCAACUCCAGGUUUUGCGGUGAUCCGCUCCGAGCCGGAGAUGGGAGACCCGCAGCCGCAGUUCGAGUCCCCGCAGGAGGAGCUCCGGUUCUGGAAGGAGCAGGCCGCCAGACACCAGCAGAGUGCCGAGGAGGCGCGGGAGGAGCUGCAGGAGUUCCAGCAGAUGAGUCGGGACUACGAGGCGGAGCUGGAGACGGAGCUGAAGCAGUGCGAGGCCCGAAACCGGGAGCUGCUCGCCACCAACCAACGCCUUCGCACGGAGCUGGAGAACUACAAGGAGAAGUACGAGGCUCAGCACUCCGAGGCGUGCCGGCAGAUCUCCGUCCUGGAGGGAGAGCUCGCCGAGACGUCGGCGGUCCGAGAUCAGCUGCAGAAGUACAUCCGAGAGCUGGAGCAGGCCAACGACGACCUGGAGCGCACCAAGAGGGCCACCAUCAUGUCUCUGGAGGACUUUGAGCAGCGCAUGAACCAGGUCAUCGAGAGGAACGCCUUCCUGGAGAGCGAGCUGGACGAGAAGGAGAACCUGCUGGAGUCGGUGCAGCGGCUGAAGGACGAGGCCCGAGACCUGCGGCAGGAGCUGGCCGUGCAGCAGAAGCAGCAGGUCCAGGACCGGAAGCCGUCGCUCAGCGGGUCGCUCAAAGGCCCGCCGACCUCCAGCGGACCGCCCACGCCGCCUCUCACCCCCCCCGACAGAAGAGCAGAGGACAAAGUCGCCUCCAAGCCGCCGCCAUCGUCCUCCGCCGUCACGCCGCCCAGACCUGCCGCCCCCACAGACAACUUCUCCUCGCCGCCGCCGUCCAUCAGCAGAGGUGAGGCCCUUUCAGCCACGCCCCUCACCACGUCGGCCAGGAUCUCGGCUCUGAACAUCGUGGGUGAACUUCUGAGGAAAGUCGGGAGUCUGGAGUCCAAACUGGCGUCGUGUCGCGAGUUCGUGCAGGAGCAGGCGUCCUCCCGCCGGAGCGUCCCCGGAGGAGCGGGAGCGCCGGCCGGACACAGCAGCCCCCCCGACGGCCGCCCCGCCAACGGGCUGUACAACCGCAGCCUGGUGAAGAGGCUGGACUUCAGCGCAGGAUCCAAGCUGCUGCUGUGAGAGCGUCCCUCCCAGCGCCGGGAGCCUGUCGCCAUGGAAACCUCAGAGGACGGUCCACAUCACAGCUUCUCUUUAGCACUUAGUCUGAUCUCUGCGCCCCUCACUGUGAAGACGGAAACGUUUAUCCUCCCAGAAAAGGAAAGUUUGAGCUGGAAGAUCAGAGGAAUGAAGGAACCUGUGAAGAAACGGACUCUUUAGAGCAGAUUCUGGACGUUUACGGGGACGAUAGAUGUAGUUUGACGGCACUAAGAAGAGAAAACACAAACGAGUCACUUUGAGUUGGAGCUCUGGAUGGUUUGUGUCUCCUGGAUCAAAUCCUCCUUCAGCUUCUCACUUUUAUUGAAGCUAAAUCAAAGUUUGUGUUUGAACACUGGAGGUCACUUUCAGUCACUUUAGUGGAAGAUCAGCUGAUGAGGAUGGUGUUGGAAGCACAGAGCGCUGCUGUUCUGAUCUAAUUAUAGAUUUAUCAGCAGAAAGAUGAAACGAAUGGAGUUUCAAGGUUUCUGCUGCAGAGGAACUGGAGCUCCUGCUUCAUUUUGGUGAAGUUUUAUGUCGUUUGUGUGGAAGCAGAAAGUGGGGAACCUAAACAUUUAGAGGAAAAGUUUUUUUGGAUGCAUUUAUUUUUUUGGAAACCUUUACGGAUCUUCAGACCCCUAGUGGCCGUCCACGGUUUCACACGCUGCCUUCAGGUUCCUAACGGAACCGUCUUUGAGGACGUUUAUGUGUCAAACUUCAGUUAAAGCAUAACGAAUCCGUCCUAAAACAAGUCUAAACCUGCUGUUUAGUUAUUGAUUUUUUUAUAUUUUUUAUUUAAACUGGAACAUUUAAACUUCCGGUUGAAAAAUGUUAUUUGUUCCUGUUUGUGCAGCAGCACAUUUUACUGUUCGAUGGAGAGUUUGUUGGAUUUAACCUUUUAACACUAGUGUGUUUGUUUUUUGAUUUACUAUAACUUUUCUACCAUUAACAGCAUCAUUCCAGCAGAUUUUGAAGGAGAAAAGCGUCUUUUCUCCUUCAAAAUCUGCUGGAAUGAUGGAGUUAACAGUUAAAAAUUUACUGUAUCUUGAAGAUUUUGUGUUAAUCAGUAACUCCGCCCCCUAAAGAUCACCAUGGCAACUCUACAUCCUUCAGGUGGACUGAAUUUUAAAAGAAAUGUUGGUCAUGUUGAAAAGUUUGGCUCUUUACGCUGCCGAGGGCUCCAUCUGGUGGCCGAAAGUGGAAUGACAGGAAGCUGGAAUGAUCCAGACGGAUCAGAUUUAAAAGGUUCUGAGGAGCUAAAUGUUAUUUGAAACUCAAAUAAAAAAGUGGAAAAAAA